UAUCAUGAUCAUUACGGUUAUAUUUCCUGGGAAGGAAUUUCUCACACCUUUCAUAUGUCGUUUCCGUGGUAACCGUAUGAAUGCUAAACAGAUCCUCGUAUGUCAUAUGAGGUAACAAUGUUGUAAUAUUAAUUCAAUAAUAUUAAACAAUCAUUAUUAAAUGUGACACAAUGAGAGCACAUCCAACAUGGGUCGACAAGGUGCAAGAAAAGGCAGAUCAAUGUAUAUAUGACCUCUGUUUUAAUCCGGAUGGUACACAAUUAGUUGUUGCAUCUGGCCAUCAGGUGCUUGUAUAUGAGACCAAUGAUGGUGCUUUGAUUCAACCGUUGAAAGGUCACAAGGAUACAGUAUAUUGUGUAUGUUAUGCGAAAGAUGGUAAGAAAUUUGCCUCAGGAAGUGCAGAUAAAAGUGUUAUUAUUUGGACUUCCAAGUUAGAAGGAAUAUUAAAAUAUUCACAUAAUGAAGCUGUACAGGCAAUGCAUUUUAAUCCUGUCUCGCAUCAGCUCCUCAGCUGUUCACUCUCGGACAUUGCCUUUUGGUCUGCAGAACAAAAAGCUGUACAGAAACAUAAGUCUGGAGGAAGAGUCAAUUGCUGUGCAUGGACAACUGAUGGACAAUAUUUUGCCCUUGGUCUUGCAACUGGAUAUGUAUCCAUAAGAAAUAAGAAUGCUGAGGAAAGAAUACGUAUUGAACGCCAACUUGGAGUACCAAUCUGGAGCCUAUCAUGGAAUCCUAUACAAGAUGAUACUAUGGAUGUUCUUUGCAUUGCUGAUUGGAAUGGAGUUAUCUCAUUUUACAAUAUUGGAGGAGAAGUUGUCAAAAGAGAGAGAUCACUCAGUUUUAUACCAUUGAAAGUCGUUCACUUUCCAGAAGGACAAUAUCUUCUCAUUUGUGGUAGCAAUAAGCAGUGUCUUUUAAUGACACAUGAUGGAAUACAAUUAGUUAAUGUAGGUGGUACUUUUUCAUCAUGGGUAUGGAGCUGUGCUGUUCAUCCAACUGGGUCGCAUGUUGUGCUUGGUUCUCAAGACGGAACGAUAACGUAUUUACAACUAACUUGGAACAUUGUACAUGGUCUGUAUGGAGACAGAUAUGCAUAUAGAGAAAACAUGACUGAUGUGAUAAUACAACAUUUAAUAACGAAUCAAAAGGUUCGAAUUAAAUGUAAAGAUCUAAUAUGCCGAAUCGCAGUGUAUCGAAACAGAUUAGCUGUGCAAUUGCCCGAGCGUGUAAUCAUUUACGAGCCGUCCGGCACCAGUGAGGGAAUGCAUUAUAGAAUACGGGAAAAACUUAAUCAGAUAUUGAACUGCAAUUUGUUAGUUGUUACAUCAAAUCAUCUAAUUUUAUGCUUGGAAAAACGGCUACAAAGUCUCUCAUUCAACGGGAUAAUAGAACGAGAAUGGAUACUCGAUGGACUCAUCACUUACAUCAAAGUAGCGGGUGGUCCCGCUGGACAGGAGUGUCUAAUAGCAGGUUUAAAGAGUGGACAUGUAGUAAAAAUAUAUCUCGACAAUCCGUUUCCCGCGCAUAUUACAAAAAUUGAGGAUGUUGUGAGAUGUCUGGAUAUCAGUUCCUUGAAGGAAAAGAUGGCGGUGGUCAGCGAGGCCGGUAUUUUGUCCAUAUUCGAUUUAUGUACUGGCGAAAAAUUGCAGGAAUUUCAAAAUGUCAACAGUGUAGCAUACAACACCGCUUUCGAGGAUAUUAUGUGCUUUGCGGGCAAUAACUAUCUUGCGAUAAAAGUCGCCAACUUUUCCGAAUACAGACAAAAGUUUUCCGGUUUCGUCGUAGGUCAUAACGGCUCUAAACUGUAUUGCCUGAACGGUUCAUCCAUCAUUACGUUAGAGGUACCAUUAUCACUAUUCAUGUAUCAAUAUCUGGAUAUUGGAUUGUACAAUCACGCUUAUGACAUAGCGUGUUUAGGCGUAGCCGAAUCGGAUUGGCUCGCUUUGGGAAUAACGUGUCUGGAUAAUUUGGAAUUAAAUAUCGCGUACUCAGCGUUUGCACGAGUGAAGAAACUGCGCUACAUAGAGAUCGUAUCUGAAGUCGAGGAGAAAUUAAAAUCAGGAGAAUGGGGACGAGAGGCCUGUAUGGCUACCGCUGCGGCCGCCAUGGGUAGACUUCGCGACGCGGCAAAGCUCUAUCAAAAAGCUGGUUUGCAACAAUACGCUCUGGAUAUGUACUCCGACUUGCGAAUGUUCGAUAUUGCUCAAGAAUUUAUAGCUUCUGGUAAUACACAGGAUCGUACAGUAUUGUUGCGACGACGAGCAGAAUGGGCCAAGAGUUUGGGCGAACCACGUGCCGCAGCCGAGAUGUUCCUUUCUGCGGGAGAUAUCGAUCGCGCCAUCAGUAUUAUUGCCGAAUACGGUUGGAUUGACAUGUUGAUCAAAGUAGGCAGGCAAUUGGAUAAGGCGGACAGAGAUAACUUGUCUAUGAUUGCCAAGAAACUUAAACAGUUAGGCGCUUCACAUGGUGCAGCAGAGAUUUUUAGUAGACUCGGGGAUGAUCCUGACGUUGCCGAUGUACUCGUAGACGCACAGGCGUGGCCUGAGGCCUUCGAACUUGCGGAAAGGAAUCCAAAAUUGAAGUCACGAGUAUACGGACCGUAUGCACGAUGGUUGGCGGAAACUGGACGAUUUUCCGAGGCUCAAGAAGCAUUCCAAAUGGCGGGGCAACCUGAGGAAUCCAUAAUCGUACUUACGAUGCUAGCUAAUAAUGCUAUAAUAGAAAGAAGAUAUCGCGAUGCCUCUUAUUUUUAUUGGCUUCUAUCGCAAUUGAGUUUAAAUUUAUCAAAGAGUACGGAAGAGAUAAAAAUGAUGUUCCUUAAAUAUUCUGACAAAGCGGAUAUUUAUUAUGCAUAUCACGAAGUACAUAAAUAUUUGGAAGAACCUUUCACAUCUCUGAUGCCAGAAGCAUUAUUUAAUAUCUCGAGGUAUCUGCUUAUGAAGACACAAAAUAUGCGUCUAGAAGGUGUCUCAAAAGUAACGAUAAUGUACAGUCUUGUAAAACAAGCACGAAUAUUAGGUGCUAAUAAGCUGGUCAUGCAAUUGUUGGAUCAAUUACGCUCGAUGAAAAUUUCUGCGACUUUUCUGGCACAAGUGGAAACAUCCACUCUAGCUGCUAGAUCUUAUCCGUAUCGUGACCCAGAAGAGUUAUUGCCUCUAUGUUACAAAUGCUCUACAUUCAAUCCGUUAUUACCGACGAGUAAUAUCUCUGGUAGUAAUUGUACACAAUGUGGACUGAAAUUUCAAUAUUCUUUCGUUAUGUUUGAAAUCUUGCCAUUAGUUGAAUUUGAAUUAGAGGAUGACAUCACAGAUGAAGAAGCAGAGAAAUUAAUAGAAGAACCAUUACCAUCCUCUGAGCUCACAGUUUCUGAUCAAUUUACUGUAACUUCCAAUGAGGCUGAUCUUUUCACCGCGCGUUUAAUAAGAUAUGAGGAAAAAUCCAAUAAUUCUACAAUAAUUGUGGGAAGGGGAAUAUUGAAGAGUAUGGAUCCGUCCACUGUAAUAAUUAUUAAAUGGCCUAAGCCCUUUAAGACUAGAUAUUUUAGAAAUCUUUUACCUGAUCUCCAGAUUAGCUUAUGUAAAUGCUGUUUAAAGUUGUUUCAUUCGGAUGAUUAUGAAUUAGCAUUACUACGACAUGGACACUGUCCGUUUUGCCGAACACCGAAUGUGACUAUAGGUUGAAAUAAUGUGAAAUUAAAAAUUUAUUGUGUGUAGAGAUUACAUAAUAUACUUAUAUAUCAAAUUGUUACGAAAUAUUUUGUAUCUAUUUAAAUCUAUUAUGAUUGUACAGCAUUAUUAUGAGACAAUGUACACAUAUAUA